AUGACAGUCACCGAUGUAUCAAACGGAUCUACAACUAAUGGCCAUGGUGCAGCCAUGAUUGAUCCUCAAGUUGCCACUGCGCCCAGUGCUCCCGAGAAACUUGCGCAUUUGCAAAAGGAAAUUGAAUCUCAUUCCCAGGAUUACAACAAUGGCGAUGGUUAUGCGCGCCUGAAGCUUCUGGAGACAGCCCGGUCUCUCGUACAGGCAAUGGAAACACCCCAGGAGACUAUGCUCCGAUACUGCUGGGCCCAGCCCACAGCGUUUGCCGGCAUUGAAAUUUGUAUUGAUCUGGGAAUCUUCUUCAUAUUAGCGCAGACGGACAAGCCUAAAACCGUGGCAGAGCUCGCAGCAACAACAGGCGCGGAACCCGAACUUCUCGGUCGCAUCAUGAAGCAUCUCGUCACAAUGGGGGUCUUUGUUGAGACUGGUAUGGAUGAGUAUGGCCGGAACGGGCUAACCACGACACUCGCUAUUAAGCGGUACAAUGAUGCUUGGCCGUGCAUUAAUGGAUGCACCCUUCCAGCAAUCAAUGCACUUCCCACCUGGCUCAAGAAAAACCAUUAUCGAAGUCCCACCGAAGGAACGGACUGUCCGUUUACCCUAGGAUUCAAAACCAACCAUCACUUCUUCGAAUUUCUUACCGGCAAGAACCCCGACUAUCCUGAACUCGGUGCUCAAUUCAACAAUCUCAUGUCGGCCUAUCACCAAGGCAGACCCAGCUGGAUGGAUGGGAACUUCUACCCGGUACAAACUCUCAUCGAGGGAGCAAAGACGGGCAAAGAAGACGUUUUCAUCGUGGACGUUGGCGGAAACAAAGGGCAUGAUCUGGAGGAGUUCAUAUCGAAGUGGCCGAACACACCCGGCAAAUUGAUCCUGCAAGACCAGCCACACGUUUUGAAAGAUAUCGAGUCGUUAAACGCCGCAAUUAAACCUAUGGUCCACGACUUCUACCAGGAACAACCCAUCAAGGGUGCGCGAGUAUAUUUCUUGCAUUCCGUCCUGCAUGACUGGAACGACGAGACUUGUCAGAAAAUCCUGUCACGAUUGGUUGCUGCGAUGACACCGGGAUACAGCAAGUUGCUAAUCAACGAGAACGUUAUCCCCAAUACCGGGGCCCACUGGCAGGCUACUUCUCUGGACUUGAUAAUGAUGGUGGAUCUUGCUGCCAAGGAGCGGACUGAACAGCAGUGGCAUCAGGUUAUUGAGCCAGUUGGACUCAAGAUUACUAAAAUCUGGACGCCGCUUGAUAGUGCUGAGAGUUUGAUUGAAUGCGAGUUGGCUUGA